AUGCCCUACCUUGAGAUCGAGAAGAAGCGGCUCUUCUACACCCAGGUGGGAGCUGAAACCCCUCGCGCAGGAUCGCCAGUGUUGGUCUUCAUCCAUGGACUUGGUUCAUCUCACUCGUUUUAUACGCCCGUGAUGGGCCAUCUUGCGGCUGCAGGAUAUUCAUCUGUUGCAUUUGACGUCUAUGGAAGUGGCCUCUCCGAGUUGGUACCAGGGACUGACGAUCCGACUUUUGAUUCGAUAGCUCAAGAUGUCGAGAGUCUAGUUUCCAAGCUGAACAUUCCCAUUGACAAUGUCGUUGCCGUCGGCCAUUCAAUGGGUGGCAUUGUUGUCGCAAAACUUGCGUCAAGGAACAACCUUCGUGGUGCAGUCCUCAUUGGGCCAGUUUUGCCCAAGCCGGCAAUGGCAGGCAUCUUCAGCGCGAGAGUUGAGACAGUGAGAGAAUAUGGGAUGGAAGCAAUGGCCAAGACGAUCCCUUUUGCUGCGACGGGUUCCAAGGCCAACUCGACGCAAAAGGCGUUUAUUCGAACGCUGCUCCUGUCUCAAAAGACAGAUGGAUACAUUUCCCUGUGCAAUGCCAUUGCGAAGGCUGAGCGACCCUCAUACUCUGAUGCUCACUCGCCUUUGCUCAUCAUUGCAGGCGAGGAGGAUAAAACAAGCCCAGUUGCUGAUUCCGAAACGAUGUUGGCCAGCUGGGGAUGCGAUAAUGCGGCCAAGAACAUUCGAAUUCUCCCCGGUGUUGGACAUUGGCAUUGUAUCGAAGCUGCGGAUGAAGUCGGUUCAGCUCUGGAGGACUUCGUCUCAAAACUGGGUUGA